AUGCCUAUGCAAUACGUACCCCUCGGGAAGUCCGGCCUGAAGGUCUCUAAGCUUAUACUCGGGAUGUCUAUGUUCGGCGACCCGCGCUUCAUGCCCUUUGUCCUCGGCGAGAAGGAGGGCUAUCAGCUCGUUCAGGCCGCAUACGAGCACGGAAUCCAGACGUUCGACACAGCCGAUGCAUACUCCUCCGGCCUCUCCGAGCGGAUUCUUGGUAACGCGAUCAAGAAACUGAACCUUCCGCGCGGCGAACUCGUGCUCAUGACAAAGCUAGGACUCCCUAUGUUCCCUCUCGAAGAUCCCGACGCCCAGAAGAAGCGCAAUACACCCGAGAAAUUCGGAAUCAUAAACCAGCAUGGCACCAGCCGCAAACAUAUUUUCGACGCCGUCAAAGGGUCCCUGGAGUGGCUACAGGUCGAUUACAUUGACGUCCUUCACUGCCACCGGUUCGAUGCAAACACUCCGAUCGAAGAGACGAUGCAUGCCUUGCAUGACGUCGUUAAGGCGGGCUGGGUGCGCUACCUCGCCAUGAGCUCCUGUUGGGCGUACCAGUUCCACGCCAUGCAAAAUUACGCCCUAGCGAACGGUCUGACGCCGUUCAUCUCCAUGCAGAACCACUACAACCUCCUUUACCGCGAGGAGGAGCGCGAGAUGCUCCCGACGCUCAGGCUGUUCGGCGCGGGCUCGACACCCUGGUCGCCGCUCGCGAAGGGUCUCCUCGCAAGGCCGUUUGACGCGGAAGCGGGGUCUCUCCGCUCACAGACGGACCCCGGCCUGCUUAUGUAUAAGAGCGACGCGACUCCCGUAAUCGUCAGCCGCCUAGAGGAGAUAGCGAAGCGCAGAGGAGCUAGCAUGGCUCAGGUUUCUCUGGCAUGGUUGAUGUCAAGGGAAGGGGUUACCGCACCGAUCAUCGGGCCCAACAGUGUUGCGAAGCUGGAGGACCUCCUCGGGAGCUUGGAUGUGAUUCUCACGGAGGAAGAAGUAAGGUACCUGGAGGAGCCGUACGCCCCUAUGGGCAUCGCUGGACACAUCUAG